GGCCAGGUCAUCAAGACAAUAAUUCUGCCUCCAAACUUUACCCUAUGGACACGAUGCCAACUUAGAGACACUCAUGGCACAACAAAAUGAAAGCGAGGUCAUAGGCCACUAUCUGAUACCAGCUCAUGGACGGCCUGCGCAGCCUCUGCUCCAUGAAAGCACAGCUCUUUUCCAGGAUGUCGUUUCUGAUAAGCUUUCAACAGUGGAGAGCGCAAUUGAGGCGGAUGCCGGGAAGCUCAACCAAUUCUUUUUGAUAUUGCACUGGGCUUCGGACGUCAAAGGCGGGGCAGGCCCCAGCCCCGAGAAUGUCGACGCUGGAGAUGCCGGAGCAGCUGCUGCCAAGGCCUCGGUCACGGUCAAGCAGCGCACCCUGCUUAUGAUAGCAGCUCAUGCUGGAAGCUUGCGCGUCCUUGCGUACCUCCUGGCUCGCGGCGCUGAGCCCAGCCGUAAGAGUCCAGACGGCCUGACAGCUUAUGAUAUGGCGUUGGCUGGCGAGUCAUCACAGGCACCCACCGCUCUGGCCAUGAUGCGCGACGCGGACUCGCAUCCCUCGUCGAGCACCAGAAGCAGCUCUACAACGGAGGCGCACAGCUUCAAUGGGACGGACGGAUUGCGAAACGGCACGCGACAGGACCUGGCUGACUCAGAGGGCUCCUCCUACAGUACGACGGAUCUGACGAGGCCGGAGUACUCCACGGACGACUUCCGCAUGUUCAAUUUCAAGGUUCUGCGCUGCUCGAAGCGCCACGCGCACGAUUGGCGCGCCUGCCCCUUUGCGCACCCCACCGAGAACGCCCGCCGCCGCGACCCCCGAGAGUUCAAGUACUGCGCACUGGCCUGCCCGGACUACAAGCAGGGCUUCUGCAUCCGCGGCGACGUGUGCCCCUACGCACACGGCGUCUUCGAGUGCUGGCUGCACCCCUCGCGCUACCGCACGCAGCUCUGCAAGGACGGCGCCAACUGCCAUCGCCCCGUCUGCUUCUUCGCGCACAGCCUGCCAGAGCUCCGCGCGCCCACCUACACCUGGGUGCCCAGCCCGGCAGACCUGGCCAGGCCGCCCAUGUCCCAGUCGGCUGCGGGAGGCGGCGGAGCGGGUGCGGCGGCCGGCAACACCGCCGGGACGAUGUCGGGUACUGCUGCCGGGGCUGCGGGCGCAGGCGCUGUGGCGCUGAACGGUGGCGCGGGUGCGGUGGAGGGCCCAGGAUCGCCGGCUGCGGCUGUUGUUGCGGCAGGGGCGGAGGCGAGGACGUUGAUGUCGCAGGGAUCGGCCGGACUGCCGCCCACAAGCGGCUCCUUGGAUGGCACUCCGGUGGCGCUGUGCGGCUCGCCGCACACCGGCAACAUUGCCAACGGUAACGGUAACGGUCUGGGCUCCAUCGUCGCCGCCAACGUUACCUCCCCGACCGCUUCCGCUGCUGUCGGCAACGGCGCCACCGCCGGCAGCCUGAGCAACUGCGGCAGCGGACCCAUCAACGUGACGGUUCCGCCCGCCUCCAUCGUGGUGUCCAAGGAGGGCAACGCCAACGUGACGGCGGCGAUUGCGGUGGUGGAGAAUGGCAACUGUGGUCGCAAUGACGGCAAGGGCUGUGUGGUGCUUUCCACGUCUCCCGGCGGCACCAGCUUCACCGACCCCUCCUCCGCGUCCAGCGGUGGGGCGGCCGGCAAGGUCAGCCUCAACCUGACGCAGCCCAAUGCCGCCGCGAGCAUGCUGGGCUUUACCGCGCCACGCAUGUCCAACGCCUUUGCUCGGCGCCACGGCCUCAACCCCAAGGAUAAUCCCAUGAUCAACCUGCAGAAGAUCGCGCUGCAAAGCCACCAGCAGCCACAGCAGCAGAACGGCAUGCUCGGCGUGUCGAGCCACAUGGGUAUGGGCGCCGCAUACAACGCCCAAGACAACAACCCCGCUACCACGCUCCGGAACCACUCGUCCGCCGCCUCCGCCGGCGCCACCCUUCAGGCUGCCGCCGCCGCUGCCGGCCGCGGCGCGGGUUACAACGGCAACGCCGGAGGACAACAACGCCUGCAGGCUGCUGCCGCCGCCGCCGCUGUGGCUGCGGUUGCCGCCGGCGCGGGUGCAAACUCGGGCGGCUUUGCUAUGCCGUACUCCCCUCCUGCGGGUGCUGCGGGUGCUGGUUCCUUCGGCAUGGGCCCUAUGCAGAUGCAGAUGCAUGCGGCCGCCUCACAACUGACCGGCGGCGCCGCUGAUUCCUCCCUCCUCGCGGCACAGCUGGCAGCCCUCGGCCUACAACAGCAGCAGCAGCAACAGCAGCACCAGAGGCAGCAGCAGCACAUGGGCAUUGGUAUCGGCAUGGGAGGCAUCAACAUGGCCAACGGCGCCGCCGCUGCUGCUGCGGCCGCUGCCGCCGGCAUGGGUCACGGUCAGGUGCAGUACAUGACCGCCGCCGCCAUGCAACCGUACGGGCUGAUGCAUCCGGGGAUGUACGGCGCUGGGCCCAACGCGAGCAUGUACGACCAUUCUCAACAGCACCUGAUGGCUGCCAUGAGUGGCGCUCAAGCUGAGGUUUGAAGGCUCCUCGAGAGACCCAUGGGUCUGUUUGCCAAGGACACGUUGAGGUAAUGUGUUUUAUCGGUGUCGUAUGGACUUGGAUGGCUGCCAUGGUUGUUUGUUGUGCGUAGCUUGCUUGUAGAAGAGAAGAGACAAGGAAUCGGAUCGGGAGUAUUAUGGCUCGGUUAUAAAUGGGUGUGGGGGCUGUUGGGUUUUCAGGCGUGUUCCUUGUCUUUGAGGUUGGUCUACUGAUUUGAUAAUCCUAAUCCAACGACGUUUGGUCCAGGGGUUCUGCCGAGCAAGAAAGCUGUGCCAUGGGGUACGGGCGUGGGUGGACGUUUGAAGAAUUGACCUGCGUGCGUGUGCGGUAGGGCCAGUGCUUGCCUUUGGGGCGAGGUCUCCGCCUCCCCUUGGCAACCCCUGAGCGCUGCCCUCGUGCCAGGGCGCAUUUGAGGUGGUCUUUGUUACGACUUUUACAAUUUCUAUAUCAAAAAAUGUUGCGGCGCAGAGGAGCUUCUGUGUUGUAGGUUGGUCGGUUGUGGUGAGGCUGCGCUGCCGUAGGACCGUGUGGGUGGUUGCGUCGACUGUUGUAGCCGUGACGAUGAUUAACGUAUGCGUGUUCAGUCGGUGUGGUUGGUACAACGUAUUGUGGUGUGGUGUAGUGGUGCUGCGUGUAACACGGUUUUAUACGGAAGGCCUCGACGAAAGGUGGGGGGGUGGGUACGUCGGUUGUGGAGUGUGGUAUGCGAGGCACUUGUUGAUGGUGGUAGUGGUGAUGAGAGUGCAAUGCGCCCUUUGUUAGUCCGGCAUGUUAGGUUUGUUCGCUUGGCUGUCUUGUAGGAACGGAGGAAUAAACCUAGAGCUCGUCUUUCCAUGUUUGUCGUCCACUGUUUUUUGCUGACGUGUGGCCACAAGAGCCGUCGCGAAGCGCAUGACGGCUUUCUGUCCUUCCCUAUUUGAGGGAUACGGCUGGCCUGCCUUCUGCCUCGGAACCGGCAACCCCCACAUUGCCCGCAAGUCCUUGCCUAGCGGGUGAUAUCUGAAUCCCGUCUGGCCAGGGGCGACUUUGUGGUAACAGCGGUUUUGAUGCAACGUUUGUUAGGAAGGGCCGGUGGAGGUUUGCCGCGGCUUCAGUUUGUUGGUGGGUCCGUUGCUAGCGUGUCGUCUGGCGGUUGCUGCUGUUGACAGAUCCACUGUUUGCUGUGGUAGCGACCGGCGACCUUGUAUUGCGGAAGCACCGUAGAGCUUAGACGUAUGCGCUAUUAAUCACUUUUGGUGUGGAAAGUGGGUUUAAGGAGGAAAGGAAGUAGCGGUAACCGUCUGCCAUUUUGUGUCGAUGUUCCACAUGUUAAUCUCCACGACUGCUUUGGGCUUGCGCUUUGGUGCCUGAUAUUAAGUCGUAGUGUUGUUUGGUUGUGGUGUGUUUAAGCAGUGACGGAAGCAGUUGGGCUGGGUACGGUAGUUAAAAGGACAUUUGCGUGGGUGACGUGUUGGUCCACUCUUUUCCACGGUGGUGGCAUGUAUGGCUGUUCCACGCAUUUCCUAUGCUGCGUGCACAUCUGCAUUUUGCAUCUCCGCGGCCAAUCAUGUUGGCUGGUGGCAUAUCUGUCUGGAGUGGCUAGCCGCCAUCACAGCAUGAUCCCGCGCCAGGAGUAGGCACGGCUGAGGAAGGGACAGCAAGGGGCCUGUGUGACGGCGGCGGCGGAGUUUUUUGUGGCGGUUUGGCUGGCCUGCUUCCUUGAUCCCCUGCCCAGCCGAGGUAGGCCUGCUAUGCCUGCACUACGCUGACUUCAAGGGUUGCUGUCGUGUUUUCAUGUGCGCACGCUGGCAGGUCAGUUGGCUGUCCGGCUGUGGCUCACAGGCGCGGUUGAUUUGGCCGUAUGGGGACUGAGGAGCACCGGCGGCUUGUGGCUUCGGGCAUGUGUUUUGUGAGACACCCUAGCCGUUAAGCACUCGCCGCCGCAUGUUGGUUGUGCGCGGCAGGACAAAAUUGUUAGGGCUAUACGCACGUCGGGUUAAUUGGUGUGCAGCCGUCUAACCUAUUAUCUAGCACAAUGUAUGGCGCGUGGGGGCAUGCCGCUGAGAUGCGCCGUUUGGCGCCCUGCGGCUUGGGCCCAGCAGUCAAUGCCCUCAAUUUCCGUGAAUUGCACUUGCGGUUACUUUGAUGGUUACACAUCCUUUGAUAUCGUCUUUUUAUGGGGCGCGGGUUUACGCCAUAGAAUGAAAGAGAGCUUGACUAGUUCAUGGCCGCCGCGGCGGUGCCGACCUCCCGAAUUUGUGUUUGACCGCGCAUAUGUCGUACAGGACCCUUCAUGGCAGCGGUGGUACGGCUUUUAUGGGCCUUCCAAGCCCGCAGGCUCCUUUGUCCCUGAUCCUUUCUGUGUUGCUGAGUACUCGUGGGGGUGUUUGUCAGGCUUUGAUGGUGUUGGUUGUGGUAUAGUUGGUAGCGGUUAAAUAACCCUUAAGAAGACGUCUGUCGCCGUGCCUCCCCCUUGCGUGUCCCACCACGUGACCGGCGUUCAUAUUGGCGCUGAGGCGCGUGUGAUACGUGGAGCGCAUAGGAUUGGGCGGCGGGAAAGGACAUGUGUUCUGCUAUUCGGUCAUAACCCAUCAUCGUUGCACAGAGCAUAGCAGCAUUGAUGCGAGCUCUGGGGGUUUCUCCCAGGGUUUGCACGCAGCUGCGGGUCGCAUUAGGCGGUCGCCGCGUGCACAGUGUAUGAUGUUUUGGCCGUUCCAAAGACACAUUUCUCUAUUUGUUUCUGGUAUUCGUUCGGUAUGGGCGCGUGUCGCCUUGUUGAAUUUUCUGCGUGCAGCAGGCGCUUGUUCGUGAGGGAUUUACAUUACCGAGGUGUGCUCCAACUCUGGUGGGAAUUUUCCAGGUGUCGGCAACAUUGCGUAUGAAGACCAGACAGCGAUGGUACGGUUUUGCGCACGCAGCCUCAUGCUUCGGCAUCCUUGACUUCCCUUGACUGCAUGUACUACUACGGCUGUUCGGAGUGGUGCGGGUUGUAUACAUCUGCCCGGCUCUGCAUAAUUCCCAUUAUGACCUCGUCCUUU